AUGGCGCUGACGAAAGAAGAGCGACAGCUACGUGAUGCGGCACUUAGUGGCAACACGGCGACCGUCCGGCGCCUCGUUCUGAACGGGGUCAACCCAAACUGCUUUGGAGAAUCGCGCCGAGGUCCAUUGCACGAGGCGAUUAUCCAAGGCCACAUGGACAUCGUUCGCAUCUUGAUCACCGCCGGAGCCGACGUCAACAUGUUGGCCGAUAACCGAUACACGCCGCUGCGCUUUGCUGCUUCUUGCAAUCGCAAGGCCAUUGCCAAGCUGCUUUUACUGGCGGGCGCCAAUGCCAGCGCCAAGUCGCGCGCGAAAAAGACGCCAUUUCACUAUGCCAAAGAAAAAUCCUACGGCGACGUGGCGGAGCUCUUGGCAGAGCACAUGCGGCGGCAGACGGAGGCCAAGCUUAUGGAAGCGGUCAAGCGACGUGCCAUUCCGGACGCGAUGGCGAUUCUCUUGAAGACGCCGCGAUCCGAGUGCACAACACCGAGCAUUCCAACCAUUCCUUCGUGGACGCAGAAAUGUGUGCAUUGCGUCAACAGCACCAACGAGACCGAGAUCCAGCUGCCCGUGAUCGACCCCAACGUUCGAGAUCGGCGUGGUGCCCCGCUCAUCAUUCGCAUCCUCGAGACGGGCGAUACGAAGCUGCUGCAAGCGCUCGUUGCCAACCCACUUUUCAACGUCGAUGCUCGCGACGAGCGCACCAACGACUCGGCUCUCGGACGCGCCAUCGCCACAAAGGCCAAAGACGCCGUGUCGCUCUUGCUCCAAGCCGGAGCGCGGCUCGAAGAGGACCAGGUGACCACGUUGGUCCAAGUGCUCGGCUCUGUUCGUGACCCACUGAUACACGCUGUGAGAGCUGGCAACACUGUGUUUGCUCUUCUGCAAGCGGCCACGACAGAGGAUGUCGACGCCGCGCGACGAGAAGCCAUCACAAACGGUCGCGAUGUGAUUGCAGCCGGACUGACCCAAGAUGGCUCGCAUCGCCUCGGCUCGUCCAUGCGCGCAAAAAUCACCGAGAUGCUGGCUACGGCGGUGCAAAAGGGUGUUUACACCGAGGCAGACAAGACGGCGCUGCUGCAAUCGCUUGGACAGACGCCCGCCCAACUCCAGCACGAGAUGGCCCAAACGAUCCUGGUGGCGGCAGUGACCUGCGACCAUGUACCACUGGUGAUCGAGCUACUCCAAGCUGCAUCGUCUCGACCUCUCAACACGGUCUCUUCGAACGGACCGUCGCCGCUGCACGUGGCUGCGAAAACUGCUUCGAUGGGGAUGCUAUACGUGCUGCUCACCCAGGAUCUUGCCAACAUCAACGCAACAAACGAGGAAGGGUACACGCCAUUGGCCAUUGCGGUCCAAGAAGGCCGAUCUGACGUCGCUGCCUUGCUUCUCAGCGUCGGCGCAGACAUCUCGACGCAGUUAUCGGACCACGCACCACUGCUGCACCUCGCGAUUACGACCGGCAGUAGUCUACAUCUUCUGGACCUUUUCUUGUCGGCUCCACGCGUCGACAUCAACCAAACAGACAAGGAUGGGUAUACCGCGCUGGCAAAGGCGGUCGUCAUGGGCCAUGAAGCUGCGACCACCCGUCUUGUCGAGAAGGGAGCUGAUGUGUGGACCCUUUUGCCUAAUGAGCAGACGCUGUUGGCAGCGGCCAUCCAGCACCACCAGCACGCGAUCGCAUCGGUGCUCUAUGCGCGCAUGUACCCAGGACCGACACAGGCUUCCAUCUUGGACAUCACGAUUGUCGAUUGCAUGGCUCGGCAGCGAAACGGCGUCGUCGUCUACAAGGCCACGUACGCAGGCAAGACGGUCGUGCUCAAGGGCCCACAGUUUCCCACCAAGCGGGUUGUUGACGCCAUGCGCAACGAGGCGCGAGAGAUGCAAGGGUGUACGUCGCCGUACGUGCAGCCGCUGAUUGGCAUCCUUGACAAUGGCUCGUCGGCACCGCUGGUGACGCCCAGCGGUGACGCGCUGUACAGCCCGACGAUGGUCAUCGAGUACAUGGACGGCGGGGAUCUUCACGAGACGCUGGAGAAGACACGCUUGGGUCUCGACGUUGUCCUGCACGUCUCAAUCAGCGAGGUUGCCCUCGUCCUCGCGUAUGCGCUGCGAGAUUUGCAUGCCCUUGGCAAGGUGCACCGGGACGUCAAGAGUCACAAUAUCUUUCUCUCGUCGUCGUACUACAUUCGACUCGGCGAUCUCGGCUCGGCGCGGACACUCGAUGGCUGCAUGACGUCGAACGUCGGCACAUCGCUUUGGAUCGCACCCGAGGUCGCUCGCGCCGGCGCCGGCGACACGGGGCGGUCGUAUGGUCCGCCUGCUGACAUUUACUCGUUUGGCGUUGUCCUCACCGAGCUCGACACGCGCGAGACGCCGUACGCAGACGUCCAAGACCAGAGUUUGAUUCCUGGUCAAGUGCGCGACGGUAAACUGCGCCCGAAAAUGAGCGCCACUUGCGCGCCGUGGCUUCAAGCGCUCGCCGAUCAGUGCUUGGCGACGAAUCCCGCCGAUCGCCCAAUGACCGUCGAUAUCAUUGCGACUUUACUCGCCCAUCGUCAUGACGACACGAAAACGGCGGCCCCGCCAUGA